AGACAGCACGUCGAUCUUCACCAUCAUCAUCAUCAUCCUCCUCCUCCUCAUCUUCUUUCUUCUCCUUCUGCUUCUGCUGAGCUGACCUGAGCGCAGGACCAGUUGUAGUUGUUGGACCGGCACCAUGGGGAGCCUGGACGCCUUGCGGCACUUUCGUCUCCUCAGCUGGCUCAGGGAGGAGAGACAGUCUCGGAAACUCAUCCUCUUCAUCGUGUUUGUGGCGCUCUUGUUGGACAACAUGCUGCUCACCGUGGUCGUGCCCAUCAUCCCAAGCUACCUGUACAACCUGGAUGAGUCAUCGGCCGUCGUAUUGAACAACACCUCAGCCCAGAAGCAGACUGCCCCGGCAGCGUUUGAACAGAUCGUGUCAUUGUACAACAACACGGUGCGCUCAUCGGUCUCUAACGCCACGGUGAGGGCGACGGACGGCGUCGUUCCGACUUUCACCACCGCUGGCGUCGUCGAGCUACCGGACAACUCCUCCGACUGCCCUCACUCCACCAACGAGCUGAUCAACGAGAAUGUCAAAGUGGGAUUGUUGUUUGCCUCCAAGGCCACGGUGCAGCUGAUCACCAACCCCUUCAUUGGACCACUCACCAACAGGUAAGCACGCUCCUCUUUUUCUUCCUUGUUGAUGCAAUAAUUGUCUUCAAGCACUCUUGCAGUCUGAGACUGGAAACAUAGCAUCAACACACAUAAUAUACGAUUGGCUCUGUAAUA